UAACUCAAAAUAAGUUAAGUAGCGAAAUGUAAGAUGGCAUGGUCUGCACUUGUGAGUUAGUGGAUGAUCCAUUUUUAAUGUAUUGAAAUAUUACAAUCUGUAUGUUUAUUAAUUUUACAACUCUGGUGUAUUUUGUGUACUGUAAUCCUUCAGCACCAUGGAACUGUGUUCUAGAGCGUUCUUGUAACUUUAUUCUCUUCUCAAUAAAAAAAAAAGAAAUAUAUACAUAUAUAUAUUUAUAUAAAUGAAACAAAGUGGAUAACAUUUAACGGCGCAAACUCGAACGCCAUUGAACUUAUACUACUACUACUACUACUACUACUACUACUACUACUACUAGUACUACUACUACUACUACUACUACUACUACUAAGUUGUUGGUUUAUUAUACCGCAUGGCGGGCGAUGACCUUACCGGAUUUACGUGUACAGCGUUAUGAAAAAUAUUGUGAAAUGUUUAUUCAGAAAAAUAGUAAUUUGUUUACUCUAGAAUAAUUUACUAUCGAAACCAGAACUAUACCUACAAUAUAGACAAAUUUAAUUACACUCCAAAAUAAUGUAACUUUGUGAAUAAAUUUAUUUAUAAGUGUUUGAUGCGCAGAUAAGCAAUGCGCAAGUCUUGUUAUGCCCAACUAGCUAAGGGGUGUUCGGAGACGGACGAAUGAUCACUGAGCAUGGCGUGGAGCUUGGACAAGUAAACAAUUUAUGUGCGGAUCAUUAUAUCUAAUUCUUCACUUCUGUUAAAUAAUUGACUAAUAUCUAAUAGACAUUAUUAAAUAUUAAUAUUCUUCCAACAUGAGAUUCAUGUGGAUUGUAACAAGAGUUUGGUGUACUGGUGUUUUACCAUGAAUUGUUUUUUUUGUCUUUUAUUGUUCGACUUAUACGUGAGAUUGUGACGUGAAUUUUUGGAGCACAGCGUGCCAUGUUUCGAGAGUGAACAUUUCUAAACGUAAAAGAACUAAUCAAGUGCGAUCCAAGUAAAAAUGUCUGAAACCUCGAAUAUUUAAUCAACUAAGAAAUUAUGAAAUCACUUCCAUGACACAAUCAAUUUCGAUUCAACAUCUAUAAGAAAUUCGUGAUUUUGAAUUGGGGAAAAAAUCAAUAGAAUUUCGCUUUUUAUUGAAGAUUAUAAAUUCAAUUAACAUGACUCUAAUCAAAAACAUAUUGGUGGCAAAGUGGUUUACAAGAAAACUUCGUUAACCCAUGAUACUUGAAGCAUUGCUUUAAUUAAGGAAACGUAUCAUGAAAAUUUUCUUUGUUUCAAGGUUCAUACUUGAAUGUAAUUUAGACCAACUCAAUAUAAUUCAAAAUGUCGAUGAGUCUCCAAACAAUAAAACGAUGAAGACAAAUUUGUCAAUUAUACUUCAAUUUGAAAAUAUUUUAGAGUAAAUGACAUAUUCUACAAGAGCUGAGAAAAACAACUCUCUUGUCCCAAUGAAGUCUUCCGUUAUGAGUAAAAAAAAAGAAAAAGACAAAACAGAGAUCAUGUUAGGCUGUCCAAAUUGCUUGGUCCAUCUAGAAUUGUCAACUACUUUUACUGAUCAAUGUCAAUUAUGCGAUCGCCUAUGCAAUGAAUCUGAAAGUGUCACAUUUAUUAUUCAGAAGAAUAAAUCAAGUAUGAAUGAUAAAUCUCGAGUUAACACUGAUUGGCGAAGUGAUGAAGUGACACUGCUUAAUCGUCAGUGUUUUAUGAAACCUAUGUAUCGGUGUGGAAUAGCAAAAAGUGCUGCGAGUGUCGUGCGAUGGAGUUUUGAAGGUGGAACGUUUUCUUGGUUUGGUUUAAUUUGGAUAAUUUUAAUUUUAUGUCCAAUUGUUACUGCCAGUUUCACCGAAAGAACUACACAAACGUUACAUCCUACGGAAGGAGAGGUGUGCCAAAGCAUAGACAUAAGAAAUAGUGUGACUCAAUUUUCAAGACUGAAAGGCUGUCGAGUUGUAGAAGGAUUCGUACAAAUAUUAUUAAUUGACCAUGCAGACGAUUCAGCCUACGCUAAUCUUACAUUUCCAGACUUAGUAGAAAUUACUGGAUAUCUUUUACUAUACCGAGUAAAUGGCUUACGAAGUGUUGGUCAACUUUUUCCUAAUUUAACGGUCAUUCGUGGUCAUUCUCUCUUCAUAAAUUAUGCACUGGUGGCUUUUGAGAUGAUGAACUUACAAGAAGUUGGCCUGUACUCACUCACCGAUAUAUUACGAGGUUCCGUUCGUUUUGAAAAAAAUCCAAUGCUUUGCUAUGUUGAUACCGUCGAUUGGGAUAUAAUCGCCAAAGCUGGGAAUGGAGAACAUGUCAUAGCGGAUAACAAACUCAAGAAUUUAUGUCCUGUAUGCGAGAAGCACUGCCCACUUCGCUUAACAAAAUUAGACGAUAAUCUAUGUUGGAAUGGACAAAAUUGUCAGAAAAUUUGCAAAUGCGGUAAUGGUGCUUGCAAUCCGUCCGGUGAAUGCUGCAAUCCGUUAUGUUUGGGAGGAUGUACCGGACAGACAGCUUCUGAUUGUAAAAUAUGCCGAGAUGUAAUAUUACCUGAUAAUAAAUGCGCGAAACAGUGUCCACACAAUAUGUAUGAGUUUUUAAACCGUCGAUGUAUAGAUGAACAUAAAUGUAGAAAAAUGAGAAAACCUUUAGAGGCAUUUGGUAACGUAAAAGAGUAUCCAUAUAAGCCUUUCAACAAUAGCUGUGUGAUAGAAUGUCCAGCUGGUUAUAUGGAUGAUGAAAAUAACGGUAAAGCGUCAUGUAAAAAAUGCGAUGGUGCUUGUUCAAAAGUAUGUUCAGGAGCAAGUGUUGAUAGCAUUGCUUCUGCUCAAAAACUUCGAGGUUGUACUCGGAUUGAAGGCAGUUUGGAAAUACAAAUUAAAGGUGGUAAAAAUAUGGUAAAAGAACUUGAAGAUAAUUUAAACAUGAUAGAGAUAAUCGAUGGCUAUUUAAAGAUCGUUCGAAGUUUUCCUCUAAUAUCUCUAAACUUUUUAAAAAAUUUAAAACUAAUAAAUGGUUCUCAAUUAGAAAAUGAUAAAUAUACAUUAGCAGUUCUUGAUAAUCAGAAUCUUCAAGAAUUAUGGGAUUGGGAUACACAUCCACCCAUUACAAUAAAAUCUAAAGACGGACCUGCCAAAGUAUUUUUUCAUUUUAAUCCGAAGCUCUGUAUCCACAAUAUAGAAAAACUGCGUGAUGUAGCUAAUUUAUCUCAAUUUACGGAUUUAGAAGUAGCACCGAAUAGCAAUGGUGAUAAAGUUGCCUGUAAUGUUACCGUGUUAAAAGUACAAGUAAUUAAAAAAACUGCAGAAGCAGCACUUAUAGAGUGGAGAGCAUUCGAACAUCACGAUCCUAGAUCUCUACUAGGUUACGUUGUUUAUUUUAUAGAAGCACCUAAUCGAACUGUCACAAUGUAUGACGGUCGUGAUGCAUGUGGAGGAGAUGGUUGGAGAGUUGAUGAUGUUGCUUCAGAAUCUUCAAACGAUUCAUCCAAUCUUAUUAUCACAGCUUUACUCACUCAAUUAAAACCAUACACUCAAUAUGCAUUUUUUGUUAAAACUUAUACGAUUGCCACAGAAAGGUCAGGAGCGCAAAGCCAAGUACAAUAUUUUACGACUUUACCUGGUGAACCAAGUCAACCAAAAGCUUUCUCAGUUUGGAGUAAUUCUAGCAGUGAAUUAGUUAUGUCUUGGCUUCCGCCACUACGAAAAAAUGGAAAUUUAACAUAUUAUAAAAUUAUUGGCAAACGUGAAGUCUACGAUCCUAACAUUCUUGCUAAAAGAGAUUAUUGCGAUAAACCUCUGCAAUUCCCGGAAAAGAAACCGAUAGCUGAGAUAGCUGAAGAAGAACGUAAACGUGCUGAAGCUGAAAAAGAACGCACUCAACCAGAUGUAGCUACUUGUGAAUGUGCUGAUAGAGAAUCAGAUCAAUCAAUAAGAGAAAAAGAAGUAUCAAGCUCAAUUGCUUUUGAAGAUGCGUUACACAAUCAAGUUUAUGUUAAAAGAGUUGGUGGCAAUAAUAGACGUAAGCGUGAUAUCUCUACUGUCUUCAAACCAAAUGACUCAGAUUCUCUAAUAAAGAAUGAAACGGAAGAAGACAGUGAACAGAAAUUUGAACGUUUGGUACCUAGUUCAAACCUUUCAUUUGUAAUGCGAAAUUUAAGACAUUUUGCUACUUACAAUAUAGAACUCCAAGCUUGUCGUGAACCUGUACCAGAUGAUGUAAGCCAAAGGUGUUCAACAAAAAUAAUACAAAACUGUCGAACUUUACCCUUUGAACAUGCAGAUGAUAUUCCAAUGGGAUCAUUAAAAUUAGAUAAAAUCCAUGGUAAUACCAGCCGUCCGAUAGUGAAGUUGCAGUGGGAAGAACCGUUAAAACCCAACGGUUUAAUUGUUGCUUAUCAAGUUGAAUACAAGAGAGUAGGAAUGCCAAAUAUUCAACCUAUUGUAGUUUGCAUCAGUAGACAAAAAUUUAUCAGUGAUAAUAAGUCUUGUAUCACUAAAGAUUUACCCGCUGGCAAUUAUUCAGUGAUAGUUCGAGCUACGAGCUUAGCAGGGAGUGGUGCUGAUUCGGAAGUACUUUAUGUUUAUAUCGAUGAAGAUAGCGCAAAAGAAGUAUUUUGGAUUGUUUUUUGGUCAGUUUCCAGUAUAGUUAUCUUGAUAACAUCUUUGACUACAGUUUAUGUAUGCAAGCGUAAGCUCUUGCAGAAUGUACCAAGUAGAAGAUUGAUAGCAACUGUAAAUCCAGAAUAUGUCAGUACUGCUUAUGUGCCUGAUGAAUGGGAAGUACCAAGGAAAAAAAUUCGUCUAUCACGAGAAUUGGGUAAUGGUUCAUUUGGUAUGGUUUAUGAAGGUGUUGCUAAAGAUAUUAGUAAAUUAAAACCUGAAAUAAGAUGUGCUGUAAAAACUGUCAAUGAAAAUGCAACCGAUCGUGAACGUAUAGAAUUUUUAAAUGAAGCAUCGGUAAUGAAAGCUUUCAAUACUCAUCACGUUGUAAGAUUACUUGGUGUCGUAUCUCGAGGCCAACCUCCUUACGUUAUCAUGGAAUUGAUGGUAAAUGGUGAUCUUAAAACAUAUUUACGAAGCCAUCGACCUGAUCAGUGUGAAAAUAUGUCAAGGCAGCCUCCUACACUCAAACGAAUUAUACGAAUGGCCGCCGAAAUUUCCGAUGGGAUGGCUUAUUUAUCAGCGAAAAAAUUUGUUCACAGAGAUUUAGCAGCUCGUAAUUGUAUGGUAGCCGAAGAUCUUACUGUAAAAAUUGGUGACUUUGGUAUGACUAGAGAUAUAUAUGAAACUGAUUAUUAUCGAAAGGGAACGAAAGGUCUUUUGCCUGUUCGGUGGAUGGCGCCUGAAAGUUUGAAAGACGGUGUAUUUACUAGCUAUUCAGAUGUAUGGAGCUACGGAAUAGUAUUAUGGGAAAUGGUCACGCUUGCAUCUCAGCCAUAUCAAGGAUUAUCGAACGAUCAAGUAUUGCGUUAUGUAAUCGACGGAGGAGUAAUGGAACGCCCCGAAAACUGUCCCGAUUCUCUUUAUCGAUUAAUGAGAGGCACGUGGAAUCAAAAAGCUGUGCGACGACCUACAUUUAUUCAUAUCACUUCUAUACUUUUAAAGGAGGCACCUUUAGAAGGCUUUGAAGCUGUCAGUUUUUAUCACAGUCCGGAAGGAAUCGAAGCUCGUAAUCAAAACAGUUCUCUUUCACCACUCAAUGACAAUGACUUCGAAAUGGCUCCACUAGAAGAUUUAAGAGAAGAUGAACAAGAAGGAGACGAAGAUUUACCUUUGCGUGAAGAUUUCGGUGACUUCGCAACCGUUGAACCAAGUUGCUUCAAAAACAGUCCAGAUUUAAGAUAUGAUUUAAAACCAUACGGAGAUAAUUCAAAAAUUCCCGCGAGCUUCCAUGAUUUAAACUCUUCGAAAAUACCUCUUAAAGCUGGUUUUGAUGACUUUGACGGUGUAUCAGUUGGGUCUUUAUGCUCUAGUAAGGAUACACUAAAUUUCCCAUUCGCGGAAGAAAGCCUCAAAUCAGUUAAAAAUUCCCCGUCCAUAAAGAACAAUAGUACGACUCGAAGAAACAUAAGUCCAUUAUCGAGUAAAAAUUCUUUAAGCCCACAAAACAAGAGAAAUCAAAUAAUCUUGCGGAAUCGAGGACAGAAUAUAUCACUUCAUAAUAUUAAUGAUAUGGAUUACGAAAAUCAAAGUACUGAACUAAUGUCCAAUGCUGAAAUGAAAGAUAUAAAUUCCACUCAAUUAGAUUAUCCUUCAUUAGAUAAUGUAGAUGUCACUAUUUCAGUUCAAGAAGCGGAACCACAAUCUCAGACUGAUUAUUUAGAAAAAUGUGAAAGUCUGAAUAAUGGAUACAUUAGUAGAACAACUACGUAGUUUAAAGAGCAUUUUGUGGUGCGCAACAAAAGUUUAUUGUUUGUUAUUAAAAUAUAAGCUACAUAUGGGAAGCUUUUUUUCUAUAAAACUUUUAAAUUAUAGAAUCGGUAAAAGCAUGGAUGGUUUAUAAUUGAUGAAGCUUCUGAAUCAUAAAUAGAUAAAGGUUUUUGAGACUUUAUGUACACUACAGUGUAUAUAUCUGUAAAUGAAUAAUACUACAUUUAUUUUUUUCCUAGUAACUAUUUCAAUUAGUAUAUCGUAUUAAAGGAGUCGUUACUCUAGAAUUAUUUCUAUUCUUUUUCUUUUCUUUUUUUUUCUUUCAAAUCAAGAUUUUCAGUAUCUUUCGUAUUAACAAAUUCAUUGCCUUAAGUCGUUAACUAAUCAAUGUGCAUAGAUUCAUAAUUUCUACUACUUAAAAAUUAAAUUAUUAAAUUUUUACAUUCGAUUAGCCCUGUAAAUAUCCUACACACAUAUACACACUCCCGUAAAUGUGAAUAAUUAUAAAUAUACAUUAAGGUAACUUAACAAUCUUCAUUUUUUAAAUUAGUAGGCUUCAACUCAAAAUAUGUUCAUUCUUAUAUAGUAUACAGGCUUCCAUAAAGUUAAGCAGGACUUGAUAACUUUAAGAGAUCGAUCAAAAUUUUUUAAUUUUGUAAAUCAUAAAAAUAACUUUUUUUUUUAUUUGAUUGCUAUUUACAUAAUGAAACUUAGUUAAAUGCUUGUUAUCAAAGUGAAAAACUGUUUUUAAGCAGCCAUUUUGAAGUUUCGAGUAUCAAGGGUGUAUUCAGAAAUGCUCUAGCUCUCGCUAUAUGACAACGCUUGGCUAGAGUUAGAGCUAGAACAUUUCCAAAUGCACCCAAAAUUAUAAAAUAUAUUCUUCAUUUUAGUAUCUUAUGUCUUUUUAAGUUUUAUAUUAACUCAUAAGAAUUCAUGCGUGGCUGCAGGCAAAGAUAAAAGUUAAUUUACGGGUGUGAAAACUAUUUUUACAAGAUUGAUCCAUCAUGAAAAUAGUAAUGAAGACUUUAUUCCGAUAAGAAUUAACAUAGUUUGGAAUUUUAAUUUGAAAACAAGUGAUAAAUUUACAACCAUAGUCCUUAAAAGUUUACUUUCUCUUAAAAUUUAAUUUUAUAUUUUAUUAAUUAAAAAAUCAAAAUUUUCACAAAACUCACCAAUCUUAUUUUAUAGCUAAAUAUUUUUUUUAAAGAGUACUAAUGACUUUAACUGUAAUUUUUUAUUAAAAAAUAAGAGUCCGAAAAUAAAUGAAAUAUUCCGGAAUCCACCCUGACCUUUGUUACGUAUUUGUGACAGAAAUUUCAACAACUAAAUAAUCAAGUCAUGUUGAAGUUUAUUGAUUAAUUUUUUUUUAUUUCUAUGUAAUAAUUUUAACUAAACUAAUAGCUUUUUAUACUUUACUAAUUUUUUCAAAGUCAUGACAUUAUUAGUAAAAUUUCUUACUGCUCUGGAUGUAUUUGGCGACAUUCUUGCUCUGCUCGAAACUAUACUCAUAUGCAAAUGCAUUUACUCCAAGCAAGCACCCGUAUAUGCUAUGUAUGGAAUCCAGAUAUAUUAUGAAUGUAUAUUUUGUAGCAGUUCAUAAAUUAAAAAUGAUUUUGAUUAUAAAUCACGAUUAUUUUAAAAUUAGUCAAAUAUCUAGAGUAGCGACUGCCUUCCAUUUGAUAAGUAAUUUUUAACUUAAAAACUAAUUUUUAUAUAAAUUAAAAACUUUAGUUUUAUUGGUGCAGGUUCAAUUGAGUUAUAAAUUAAAUCUUUUUAUAUACCUAAGGUUGCUAUGACUGUAAAAUUCAUGUUCAAAGUGCGUUGCUGAAUUCGACAUUACGAUACUUGAUCACUUUAUUAAUAAAAUAGACUUUUGUUAUAACUAUUUUUUAUGAGUAUAUUUUAAAAAUUUUCAAGUGCACACCUCAAACUCUCAAGCACAAUAAAAUAUAUCAAUUAAAACUCAAAAUUCAUUUCAAUUUUGACUUUCGAUAUUUAUGAAAUCUUUCAGUCAAUAAAUUAUAAUGAAAAAUUACCAUUUUUAUGUUCCACAAGUUACAUAAACGAUAAACAAUUUUAAUUUAGUUAAUUAAUGUGCGUGACAUUGUACUUCUCAGCUAGAGCACCUAAGCAGGCGUAAGUGACUGAUAAGUUUUUAAAAAAGUACUACCUUGGUGGAUCCAAAUUACGGUAGAGUACGAUAAUUGCCGUAAUUUACAGUGUUUGGAAGAAAUACGGUAUUUUAUACACGGAAAAUAAGUUGUAGUAGCGGCAACAACAACAGGAGUUCCAUUUACCACAGGCUAUAGUUUGACAUGAGACAACUCCAAAUUGUGGUUAGAUUUACUGCAAUAUUGUAGUUAAGCGUCAACUAUCGAAAAAAGUAAGAUAUGCCACAGCAUGCGGUAUUUGUAACUGCAACUGUAGUUCAAUUUACUCGAUAUGCGGUUACGUAAUAAUAAACAGUAUAUAACCUAAAAUUUUUACAAAUGAUUUUUAAAAAUCGCUUACUGAGUUAUUUAUAUAUAAUAAACAUGGUAAUUAUUUACAAGUGGAAUCCACCCAUGCUGGGCCAUGUUAAAUUUUUUUUGAUCAAAUUGAUCAAUUUUUUUUUUUAAAUUAUUAUUUUUUUUAUGUACUUUAAAAUAUAUAUAAUUUUAUAUAUAUAAAUUUAAAAUAUAUAUCAAAAACAUCAAAAAAGAUAAAAUAGAAAUUUUAUCCAAAAACAUAAAAGCCAAUUUUUUUUCCAACUUUUAAAGUCAAAGAAGCUAUCGAAAUCUUCAUUUUUUUUCUCACGACAUUUUUUAUCAUAAAUGCGACUUAAGAACAAGCAGAAUAAAAAAAAUUAAAAAUUGUUCAUUUUUCACCAAGAUAUGGCCAAAAAUAGGGUGGACCCCACUUAUAAAUAAUUACCCUAAAUAUUUUUAGGUUUUAAAAAAGUAUAAAUUAGAAAAAAAAUGUCUGUAUUUUUUUUAUUGUUUAUUUUUAACGUCAAGUAUUUAUUUUACAACGGUUUAACGCCCUGUAGAUCUGGAAUUAUAGGUCUCGUUGCAAUAUACUCUUUUGAAAAUUUUUCAAUGUUUAAACAAGGAGUUUUUAUAGGAAUUGAGUCAUAAUUCAUGUAACGUAUAUCGGUCCAUCUUCCAUUUCACUGAGAUAUUGAAAAUCAAUUAUUUAAUUUUCAAUAAAUUGUCAGAUGAUUAUUUAUGAGACGCUGUAAUAAACGAGUAUACACAACAGAUUAA